GUCGUACACCGAGGAGCGAGGCAUCAAGAUGGGCGGUGGUGGUCGUAGGUUGGUGCCUGCUGCCUUCGUGGCGGCGGCGCUCGUGCUCGUCGUCGCCGCCGUCUUCGUCUCGUCGGCUGAGGCGGAGACCGCCGCCGCCUCCCUUCGCGGCGGCGGGCCGUUCGACUCCAUCUUCGCCUUUGGCGACUCCUUCACGGACACCGGCAACAACCCCGUCGUCUUCGGGUGGUACGACAUCUUCGAUGUCGUCAUGCGCCCUCCCUACGGCAUGACUUUCUUCGGCGGCCUCCCCACCGGUCGCAACUGCAACGGCCGCCUCGUCAUCGACUUCAUCGCGCAAGGCCUGGGCCUGCCUCUCGUGCCGCCGUACCUGUCGCACAAGGGGAGCUUCCGGCAGGGCGCCAACUUCGCCGUCGGAAGCGCCACCGGCCUCAACUCCAGCUUCUUCCACAUCGGCGACGCCCCCGGCGCCAACCCGUUCCCUCUCAACAUCAGCCUCGAAGUGCAGCUUGGCUGGUUCGAGGAGCUCAAGCCUUCCUUGUGCAAAACGGACCAAGAGUGCAAGGAUUUCUUCGGCAGAUCACUCUUCUUCGUGGGUGAAUUCGGGAUCAACGACUACCAGUACUCCUUUGGAAAGAAGAGCAUGCAGGAAAUCAGAGCAUUCGUCCCAGAUCUCAUCCAGACCAUCUCCAUGGGAGCCGAGAGAGUGAUAAAGCACGGGGCCAAGACUCUGGUCAUCCCCGGGAUGAUCCCGUCCGGAUGCGCGCCGCCGGUCCUGGUCACCUUCGCCGACUCCGACGCGUCGGAAUACGACGCCGCCACCGGCUGCCUCAAGGAGCCCAACGAGAUCGUGACGCUACACAACUCGCUGCUGCGGGACGCCGUCGAGAAGCUCCGGGCGAAGCACCCCGACGUGGCCAUCAUCCACACCGAUCUCUUCAACCACGUCAUGGAGAUGGUUCAGUCGCCUGAAAAGUUCGGGUUUAAAAGAGACGCUCUCACCAUUUGCUGCGGAGGACCUGGGAGGUACCACUACAACCUGUCGGUCGUCUGUGGCGACGAAGCUGCAACUACAUGUGAGGAUCCAUCCACCCGUCUGUUCUGGGAUGGUGUCCACCUGACGGAGGCGGCUUACCACUACAUCGCUGAAGAUUGGCUCAACACCAUAGUAGGCAGCGUGUCUGCAAGAGCUAGCUCUUAAAUGAGCUGCUGCCUGCGUCUGAAUGGGACGCAUGGAGUCAUCGACACGUACGGUUGCUGAAUUGCACAAUAUUGCUGUACCAACCAUAUCACUGCAUGCAACCUUAAACAAGAUGACUGUAAUAAAAUGGGUUUGAAUGGACUAUUGAAUAAAAUUGUUGUUACGUUGA